AUUGAAACGCUAUUAGCGCGCACCACCGCUAACUAACUAGCCAAUUUCACAUCGGUUACAUCUGGACAUGUCUCAGUACUUCCACCUCUUCAAUGCCACUCGCAUCCCUAAGCAAGGGAAAGAUGAGCUCUUCACAGACCCGAAAGGACGGCACCUUCUGGUGAUGAGGCAAGGCAACAUGUAUGUGUUUGACGUGAUGGGAACCUGGUGAAGCCAGCGGAGAUCCAGGCCCACCUGAAGUACAUCCUGUCAGACCCGACCCCGGCUGCAGCCCACCCACUGGGGCUGCUGACCAGUGAGAACAGGGACACAUGAGCAGGACUGAGGGAGAAGCUUCUGGCCGCUGGGAAUGGAGAGCACCCUCUUCUGUCUGUGUCUGGACGACGAGAGCAUGAAGGACCACAUCCACGUCUCCCACAACAUGCUGCACGGGGACGGCACUAACCGCUGUUAUGACAAGUCAUUCAGCAUCAUCAUGACCAAAUCCGGAAUCGCCGCCAUCAACUUUGAGCGCUCGUGGGGUGACGGCGUGGCCGUGCCGCGCUUCCAGAAUGAGGUGUUCAAGGACUCUUCGGAGAACUCUCUGCUUCUUCUGUUCUUGAAGGAAAGCCUCUCAGCUAAAGAAAAGUCCAUCUGACUUUUACCUCCACUACAAAUGCAAAUUCUAACUUCCACUUCAGUCCAUGAUUGACUGCAGUUGUAUAGUACAUUGGGGUGAAUGUCAGGUUUUAAAGGUACUUUCCCUCAAGCAUAGAGUGUGGGUUGGAAGUGAUGGUAUGGAUUAAUAAGAGGGGAUACCGAACACAAGCUCUGCAUAGGUCAGUAGAGGGCAUAUUCCUAUACUGUCAGGUAGAUAACUAUGAAUGUUCUGUCCAUAUCAAAAUCAUAAUAGAUGCCCAAGAAAAUGCCCAUCAAAUACAUUUUGAAAGAAGAACAAUGAAAUCUCCAAGUGUGUUUGAACCAAUGUUUCUUCCCUUUCUAACUGGCAUUACAAUGUACUGUAUCUAUCAAGAGCCUUAUCAAUACUAACUUCAUGUAAAGACCUUUAGUUUGAUAUGGAAAAUAAAUCUAGUAAUAUAUCAAUAAUGUAUGAUAUUCAGAGUAGCACUUUGUUCUUGAGACCUUUUUUGCUGUGUAGCAAGCUUUGUAUGACAAUUUAUAAUCUCCACUUUGAUUUGUGAUGUGAAAAACAUUUUAAAGCAAUACCUCAGACCUUUGCUAUUAAGAGGCAGAUUUAUUUCCUUAUAUGCCUUAUGGAAUGUUCACUGGUAAUGUAUUACAUACAACUUUACUGGGGUAGUGUAAAAUAAAAUGUUUUCAAAAUGACAAAUGUAUAUGCAUAUUUUCUCAUUGUAAAUUUUGGCUAGACUAACUAAAGCUGGAAUCCUUAAUUUCUACAUACAUUUUUGGACUCGUGAAUUAAUUAUAUACCCAUUGAUUCUUGAAUAUAACUUAUAAAUGCCUCAUGAGCUUAGUUCAACUGUCAUAGGUACCCCACCAUAAUCUAAAAUAUAAGCUUGUUUUACUGCCAUGUUUGUUAAACAUGUAAAUUGAAACAUGCUGUAUAGCCUAAAAACAUGGUCAUUUUGAUACCAUGGAUGGUCAUCCUUGCAUCCAUAGCUCCGUCUAUUUCUGUCUAUUAAUUUCUCCAGGCUCAUCUCUCAGCUUUGUACCAAAACAGAAGCGGGGUGACCGCAUUGUUUUGUACAUAAUAAGCAACUACUCAUUUUUAAAACGGCCUGUGGCACCGAUGAGUCAAACAUUUUUUCUAGUGUCAAAAUGUACUACAAAGUGCAAAUAGAAUAAUUUGUCAGAAAUUCAGUCUCGCCCAAAACAGAAAUUUGCAAGAUAAUUAGGAAAAUUUGGUUUGUCACGGAAUGAAGGGUACCGUAACAGUUUUCCUUUGGUUGGGUUUAUUUCAACCCUGCUCACAGCUGGCAGCACCCAAGUAAUCAUCAAUUCGGUGCGCAGCUGCACGCAACCAGAUCGUAUUACCCAUGGUCAAUUAGAUUUGACAUUCGAUAUCCCUAUGGAGCUAAUUAGAGAUCAGUAAAUUACACUUUUUUAAAAUGUCAAUGACUUAAUUAACCUCAAACCAACUAAAUUGUAGAAAGUCAUAUACAAAUAU